GCGACAGUGUCCCAAAUCAAAGGAUCGCCUGUUUUUGGUCGCCCAUUCCCUGCUCAGCGAUGCCACCCACUAUUGAAGAAGACGAUACGAUUGUUGUGAAAGGCGAGUACGCCUGGGAGCGUCCAUCGUCACCGGACAGCAUGAGCCCCGGAGGUGAACCGCUUGUCGACACCAAUGCCCUUGCGCAAGACAACACUUCUCAGCGCCUCGAAUCACCAGAACCUCUUGCAGACACUCCUUCACAAGCCAAAGAAGCACCCAAUCCUCAGUCCAUAAACAACAGCACCCCAAGUUCGAACAAGAAGCAGAGACCAAAUGUCAUUACUACAGAGGAACGAUUGCAGGCAAUGCCUGAGAAGCGCCCUUUGCCUUGGAGACCAGGAGUUGACCCUGGGGCCGAGAUAGAGACGGGAGGAGAAUCUAGAAGAAAGCAGAUCAGAUUAGGCUGCUUGCUUGCUACCCGUGGCGACAUCGUCCCUGUGCCAUGCGUUAGUUGCGCCAACGGCCGUGGAAAGUUCUCUGUUUGUAUUGCUCUCGGGGGAACAGUAAAGGGCGCCUGCGCUUCUUGUCAACUAAGUGGCCGACCAAAUCGAUGCAGCAUAAAGCAGAACGAUGAGAAAGAUGUCACGCAAAGCCCAAAUGUUGGGACCCCCGAAACUUCUUCUGGCAACGUCCAACAACGCCCUUCGUCUGGCUAUCCAAACUCAUCAAUGGCUCCACCGGCAAAACGAAGACGUACAAAUGAUGUUCCUGAAUGGGAAAGUGCCAGACCACAAUGGCAGCAGGAGUUAGGGAUGUCACAAGCUCGACAACAACAGACGAAUGAUAUAGUAAUUGGACAGCAUUGGACAACUUCUAAUCCUCCUAUCUCAACUCAAAGUAUGCCACCUGCCAGCAAUGGACAUAACGGUAUCAGGCCUCUUCCACCUGGCACGUUCGGCCAACACAGCUCAAUGGGUUGGGCGACCGUGAACCAACCAAGACCAACCCCGGUUCCAGCUCCAGCUCCAGCUCCGGCAGUAACUCCACAUCCGCCUCCACAGGCGAUCAACGGCACAGAUAGUAACGGAAGCUCCUCGUGGAAGAACCUAGAGCGGGAAAGACGAGAAGAGACAGUUGGAAAUGAAGAAGGGUCGGGUGCGCUCAUUGACAGGUUGCCCAAAAGCAAGCAAAGACAAGUAUAUGGACUCAUAAGCGGCUUACAAGGAGGUAUUGAGCAUCUUCAAAGGGAGUUGGAUUCGUUAAAAAGGGCGUUAGGGAUUGAUGAGGAAGACUAAAUUGUGGAGAGGACCUGUUGAUAUACAGUCUGUAUAUUCCAAGGCGCUAGCUAGGUAAUGAUUUGCAGAGC